AUGGAAGUGAAAAACAGAGAUGCGCUCCUUCAGGAGAAAAUCAAUCAAGUCAAGUCACACGAGGACGUUCGCGAAUGUAUCAAGUUUUUUCAAGAGCAAUUUCAACCUAGUUGGUUGAGGGCCCUGGAACCGGCUGCGAGAAACCUUGCGGAAUUCAACAUAUGGCACCAUCUGUACAGAAGAGAACCGGUUGAGGGAUGCCCAUUUCAACUCGAAAUCAACAAAAGAGGAAAGGAGUUUGUUGCGACAAUGAAGGAAAUUAUUUCCCGCAGAAGAGAGGAAUGUGAAGCAGGGAGCCUAGAUGUCGAGGACGGAGCCUAG